UGAGCUAAAAAGAAAUUAAAAAAAGUUGAAAUUAUCAUUCUUGGCCUGCUUUAGAAAAAAAUCAAAAUCAAACCCAGUUGCAGUUUCAAACUUCUUCUUCGUCUUCAUCUAAUUGGCAUACGUUUCUAGUUUUGUCGAUUUUGAAUCUCGGUUUCUCCGUAUAUUUGAAAGAAGGGGAAAACUUUAAACUACCGUUCUGGGUUUUAGCUUUUUUUUUUUUGUUUUUCCUGAAAAGACUGGAUCUUUAACAGCUGGUCGUAUCUGCAUGGUUCAAUCUCAAUCUAGGUCUUCUUCCUUUUUUAAUUUAUAUUUUCUCGUUUAAUUUUCCUGUUUUUUUGUUUGUAUAAUUUUUUAUAAAUGGGUACUUUUUGUGACGGGGGUGUUUUUUCCCCUUACAGUCUCUAUUUGCUACCGAUGUGUUGUUCAAUACACUGUCUCUUUGGCGCUCCUUUAGAUCUGUUUCCAGAUUCUGCUUGAUCCAUCUUCUAAUUCAAGCUUUGAACAGCGGUGAAAAGGUGCUUGUUUGCGUUUCAAUGUUCAGAGAUUGAACCUCAGAUGAUGCUUGGACUCUGCAAAACCCGUCGGAUCUUUGUAGGGUUUAUAAGAAUUUCCGUUACAUCACCUGCUGGAAAUUGCGGAGACUCUUUAGAGGUUUAUCAUGGGAUUGUGCAUCAAAGGUGUUUGUAGUAUUGCCUGAGUGAUGGGAAACGGAACUUCCCGUGUUGUCGGUUGUUUCGUGCCGUCAAACGAGAAAAACGGCGUUGAUUUGGAGUUUCUCGAACCCUUAGACGAAGGUCUAGGCCAUUCCUUUUGCUACGUUAGGCCAAGCAUCUUCGAGUCUCCGGAUAUAACUCCGUCUAACUCGGAGAGGUUCACGAUUGAUUCAAGCACCCUUGAUUCCGAGACACUCAGUGGAUCUUUUCGAAACGAGGUCGUUGAUGACCCUUCUUUCUUGAAUAGACACAACAGUAAAGGUUUGGGGGAAACUACGUUUAAGGCAAUCUCAGGUGCUUCGGUUAGUGCCAAUGUCUCCACGGCUAGGACUGGGAAUCAGAUGGCAUUGUGUUCAAGUGAGGUGUUGGAGCCUGCUGCUUCAUUUGAGAGCACCUCCUCGUUUGCUUCAAUUCCUUUGCAGCCGGUCCCUCGUGGUGGUUCGGGACCUUUGAACGGUUUCAUGUCCGGGCCUCUAGAGAGAGGUUAUGCAUCUGGUCCUUUGGAUAGAAACAACGGUUUCAUGUCAGGGCCUAUAGAAAAAGGAGUAAUGUCUGGACCUCUUGAUGCAUCUGAUAGAUCUAAUUUCUCGGCGCCGCUUGCUUUUAGACGCAGAAAGCCUCGGUUUCAGCGGUUUAUGAGAAGUGUAAGCGGACCAGUGAGAAGUACAUUAGCAAGGACAUUUUCUAGACGGUCUGGAGGGUUAAGUUGGAUGCAUCGUUUCUUCUUGCAUCCAGAGACUAGGGUUUCAUGGCCUGUUGGAAAGGAAGGUAAUUUACAUGGGGAAGACCCUGAAAGUUGUCUAGAGAGCAACCGUAACUUGCAAUGGGCUCAUGGGAAAGCUGGAGAAGACAGGGUUCAUGUUGUGCUUUCGGAAGAACAAGGAUGGCUCUUUAUAGGGAUAUAUGAUGGGUUUAGUGGACCGGAUGCUCCAGAUUUCGUAAUGAGUCACCUAUACAAAGCUAUAGACAAGGAAUUGGAAGGUCUUCUCUGGGAUUAUGACGAGUCAUCUAUAGAUAAUCCAUUGCAGCCAGAGCAGGAACCUCAAUCUACAGAAGAGAACUCGUUUGUUCGAGAAACUACCAGUGAGCAUCAUUCAGAGUCAGUACUGGCAGGAAGUAAAGAGGUUAUGACUGAUAAUAACAGUAGCCUUGGAAAUGCCGAUACUCAGAUUGCUGAUGGUCCACCUGGAAAUCUAGCAGGUCUUGGCAAGAAAAGCACGAGACUUUACGAGCUACUUCAAUUGGAACGGUGGGAUGGAGAAGAAAUUGGACUUAAACAUUCUCAUGGAGGAAGUGUGGUUCUAAAUGAUACGACCAAUCAGGUUGAAAAUUUAUCUACAUCGGGUGGAGGAGCUGGAAAUGACCCGUGUACCACCAACCGUAGUGUCCUUGAUGGGAUUCCGAACUCGGGACCAAGCCAUGGGACAAAAAAAUCACAGAUAAGCUCUAAGAUAAGAAGAAUGUAUCAAAAACAGAAGUCUUUGCGGAAAAAGCUGUUUCCUUGGAGUUAUGAUUGGCACAGGGAAGAAGGGACUUGCGUUGAAGAGAAGAUAGCGGAGUCGUCAAGACCGAUUAGGAGACGCUGGUCAGGAACUGUAGACCAUGAUGCUGUUCUAAGAGCAAUGGCUAGAGCACUAGAAACUACUGAAGAGGCUUACAUGGAAAUGGUAGAAAAGUCUCUUAACAUAAACCCGGAGCUUGCUCUAAUGGGUUCAUGUGUUCUCGUAAUGCUAAUGAAGGACCAAGAUGUUUACGUGAUGAAUGUUGGGGAUAGUCGGGCUAUCUUAGCCCAAGAAAGGCUCCAUGAUCGUCAUUCUAAUCCCGGGUUUGGAAGUGAUGAGGGGAUGGGGCAUAAGAGUAGGUCACGAGAAUCACUUGUGCGUAUGGAACUGGAUAGAAUAUCAGAGGAAUCUCCAAUACACAAUCAAACAACUCAGAUCAGUGUCUCAAACAAAAACAAAGAUGUAACUUCUUACCGGUUAAAGAUGAGAGCCGUUCAACUCUCAAGUGACCAUAGCACAAGUGUGGAAGAGGAAGUAUCGCGUAUUAGAUCCGAACAUCCAGAAGAUGACCAGUCCAUACUCAAAGACAGAGUCAAAGGCCAACUCAAAGUCACUCGAGCUUUCGGUGCUGGAUUUCUCAAAAAGCCGAAUUUCAAUGAAGCUUUGCUUGAGAUGUUCCGAGUAGACUACAUUGGAACAGAUCCGUACAUCAACUGCGAACCGUGUACUGUCCAUCACAGGCUCACUUCAAGCGAUCGUUUCCUGGUUUUAUGCUCUGAUGGAUUGUAUGAAUACUUCAGCAACGAAGAGGUUGUUGCUCACGUGACUUGGUUCAUCGAAAACGUUCCUGAAGGCGAUCCUGCUCAAUACCUCAUUGCAGAGCUUCUCUCUCGAGCAGCCACCAAGAACGGGAUGGAGUUUCAUGAUCUGUUGGAUAUACCUCAAGGAGAUCGAAGGAAGUACCAUGAUGAUGUCUCGGUGAUGGUUGUGUCGCUUGAAGGCAGGAUUUGGCGAUCGUCUGGUCAAUAUUAUCCAGAGAGAAAACAAAAAGUCAAUAGAUGAAUUUACCAACGAAGAAAAAAAUUAGCUUAUUGUUUUCAAACAAUCUUUCAAUUUCCAGAAGUAAAAAAAAAAAUGCCUAAUUGUAUUUCUCUUCCUUGAAAAUCCAAAAUCUAAUCUUCUGUUUGAACAGAGGAUUUGAUCAAAGUGUAUUAUUUAUCUUUUA